CAGCAGCAGCGGCCCGAGACAGACAGGAGGCGGCGGAGGAUCAACUUGUUACAUUGUUACUGGGAGCACAGGAGCGGCACAGCAGUGUCUGACAGCGGGGAGGCGGCACAGGACGGUCACCCGGAGUUACCCCAAUACAGGACCUGCACAGGAGGGUCACCCCAAUACAGGACCUGCACAGGAGGGUCACCCCAAUACAGGACCUGCACAGGACGCUUACCCGGAGUUACCCCAAUACAGGACCGCACAGGACGCUUACCCGGAGUUACCCCAAUACAGGACCGCACAGGAGGGUUACCCGAGGUUACCCCAAUACAGGACCUGCACAGGACGGUCACCCCAAUACAGGACCUGCACAGGAGAGUUACCCCAAUAAUCACACAGGACUGUUACCCGGAGUUAUCCCUAUUAUCACAGAUUACACAGGACCUGCACAGGAGAGUUACCCCUACCUAUCAUCACACAGCACCUGCAGAGGGGUCUCCUGGGGCAGCACCUGCAGAGGGGUCUCCCAGGUGUAGGAGGUUCUGCUGCCGGGGAGAGCCCCCUGUCCUGGGGUCACCAUGUAUAUGUGUCACAGGGAAGCAGCAGACUCUGGGAAGCUCUCAGUCACCCAUGAAUGACGAUGGAAGGGGAAUAUUCUGGCUGUGGCCCGGACAGCUGCGCCGGGGGUGAGCAGUGACCCGGCCAGGAGACGUUUGGGACUCGGUGAAAAGUUUGGGGACCCCCAUGAGAGACAAUGUGGGGGAGAGAGAAGCUGCCCCAUGAGCCGGACACAUCAUGUACCCUAUCCCCUCUGACUGUAUGACACUUCUCCCCAGUGACUGAUCCCAGGAGCUGACAAUCGAUGUGUGGUGUGAGCUAUCGGAUCUGGCCAUUCAACUUCUGCUUCUAUUGUACAACGUCCAAAGUCCAGUCUGUGUAUUGUGUGCACAGGGCAGUCUACAGAGCACAUGGCUCUCCCCCUGCAGCCUCCUAGUACCUGCAGCCUCCAUCCGCAGACAGCCUCCUAGUACCUGCAGCCUCCAUCCGCAGACAGCCUCCUAGUACCUGCAGCCUCCAUCCGCAGACAGCCUCCUAGUACCUGCAGCCUCCAUCCGCAGACAGCCUCCUAGUACCUGCAGCCUCCUUCUGCAGACAGCCUCCUAGUACCUGCAGCCUCUAUCCGCAGACAGCCUCCUAGUACCUGCAGCCUCCUUCCGCAGACAGCCUCCUAGUACCUGCAGCCUCCUUCCGCAGACAGCCUCCUAGUACCUGCAGCCUCCUUCCGCAGACAGCCUCCUAGUACCUGCAGCCUCCUUCCGCAGACAGCCUACUAGUACCUGCAGCCUCCUUUCACCGACAGCCUCCUAGUACCUGCAGCCUCCUUCCGCAGACAGCCUCCUAGUACCUGCAGCCUCCUUUCACCGACAGCCUCCUAGUACCUGCAGCCUCCUUCCGCAGACACCCUCCUAGUACCUGCAGCCUCCUUCUGCAGACAGCGCCUAGUACCUGCAGCCUCCUUUCACCGACAGCCUCCUAGUACCUGCAGCCUCCUUCCGCAGACAGCCUCCUAGUACCUGCAGCCCCCUUCUGCAGACAGCCUCCUAGUACCUGCAGCCUCCUUCCGCAGACAGCCUCCUAGUACCUGCAGCCUCCAUCCGCAGACAGCCUCCUAGUACCUGCAGCCUCCUUCCGCAGACAGCCUCCUAGUACCUGCAGCCUCCUUCCGCAGACAGCCUCCUAGUACCUGCAGCCUCCUUCCGCAGACAGCCUCCUAGUACCUGCAGCCUCCUUCUGCAGACAGCCUCCUAGUACCUGCAGCCUCCUUUCACCGACAGCCUCCUAGUACCUGCAGCCUCCUUCCGCAGACAGCCUCCUAGUACCUGCAGCCUCCAUCCACCACAGCCUCCUUCCACAGACAGCCUCCAUCCACCGAUAGCCUCCUAGUACCUGCAGCCUCCUUUCACCGACAGCCUCCUAGUAGCUGCAGCCUCCUUCCACCAACAGCCUCUUAGUACCUGCAGCCUCCAUCCACCGACAGCCUCCUUCCACAGCCAGCCUCCAUCCACCGACAGCCUCCUAGUACUGGCAGCAUCCAUCCACCGACAGCCUCCUAGCACUGGCAGUAAGCCGACUGUAUCCUGAAGGAAUCGAUAUCCGUGGAUAUAAAGAGCGAGCCUUCAGCCUGGGGAAUAUUAUUAUCGGAGUAUGUUUGGAAUAUUUCAAGUUGUUGCUGUUAAAGGGGGACAUCGUUCAUCUGUAAUCAUGGCUGGAUUGAAUCCUGGGAUCUUUGUGGUGGCCCUUAUGUCCCUCCUGUCGUUUCCCGCACCUGCGUCCGCAGCGUCCAAAGCAAUUGUCUGCCAAGAGAUUACUGUACCUAUGUGCAAGGGCAUUGGCUACAAUUACACCUACAUGCCCAACCAGUUCAACCAUGACACGCAAGACGAAGCUGGCUUGGAGGUGCACCAGUUCUGGCCGUUAGUGGAGAUCCAGUGCUCACUUGACCUGAAGUUCUUCCUGUGUAGCAUGUACACGCCUAUCUGCUUGGCUGACUACAAGAAGCCUCUCCCCCCUUGCAGGUCAGUCUGCGAGAGGGCCAAGGACGGCUGUUCUCCCCUGAUGAGGCAGUACGGCUUUGGCUGGCCGGAGAGAAUGAACUGUGACAAACUCCCAAAGAAUGGGGACCCAGAAAACCUCUGCAUGGAUUAUAACAGGACAGAGACCACCACACUUCCGCCCCUGUUUGCAAAGCCGACUUACCCGCCUAGUGGGCGAAAGCACUUGACGCCUCUCCAUAGCCAGAGGCAACCAGCCAGCGACUGCGAUGGGGUAUGUAAGUGCAGGGAGCCAUUCAUCUCCAUAACAAAAGAAUCCCAUCCGCUGUUUAACAGGAUCAAGACCGGCCAGGUGCCCAACUGCGCCGUGCCCUGUUUCCAGCCCUACUUCACCCAGGACGAGAAGACUUUUACCACUUUUUGGAUAGGCUUGUGGUCCAUCUUGUGCUUCAUCUCAACCUUCACCACUGUAGCCACCUUCCUAAUCGACAUGGAGAGGUUCAGAUAUCCAGAACGCCCUAUCAUCUUCCUGUCUGCUUGCUACCUCUUUGUGUCCACUGGCUACAUAAUCAGACUUACAGUAGGCCACGAGCACGUCGCCUGCAAUAGGGAUCACAUACACUACGAGACGACCGGUCCGGCCCUCUGCACGGUUGUCUUUCUGCUCAUAUACUUCUUUGGAAUGGCCAGUUCUAUAUGGUGGGUGAUCUUGUCCUUCACGUGGUUUCUGGCCGCUGGCAUGAAGUGGGGCAAUGAGGCCAUUGCCAACUACUCUCAGUAUUUCCAUAUGGCUGCGUGGCUUAUACCCAGCGUCAAGUCCAUCGCUGUCCUGGCCUUAAGCUCGGUGGACGGGGACCCCGUCGCUGGGAUAUGCUAUGUAGGAAACCAAAACCUGGACAACCUGCGCGGUUUUGUGUUGGCUCCUCUAGUGGUCUACCUCUUCACAGGGACAAUGUUUCUGCUGGCGGGCUUUGUGUCCCUUUUCAGAAUUCGGAGUGUCAUCAAACAAGGUGGCACCAAGACAGACAAACUGGAAAAACUCAUGAUCAGGAUAGGUAUAUUUACCGUACUUUAUACUGUGCCUGCAACUAUUGUUGUUGCCUGUUAUAUAUAUGAACAGCACUACAGGGAAUUCUGGGGGAAAUCCCACAACUGCUCGUGCCCCGGUGACAAAAAGCGUUCCAGGCCGGACUACGCAGUUUUCAUGCUAAAGUAUUUCAUGUGCCUCCUGGUGGGGAUCACUUCGGGGGUAUGGAUUUGGUCUGGAAAGACUUUAGACUCUUGGAGGAGAUUCACAGGUAGAUGUUGCAGAAGCAGCAAAUCCAUCAAUGCUUUGGCGUACAGCGAGGCCAGCUCGGCAGUAGCAGCCAGGACAGGCUUACACAGCGCCACGCUAUACCACAAGCAGGUGCCAACGUCUCACGUUUGAAUGUUGCCCCUUGGGCUGCAGAACUUACACUCACACACGUGUGUCUCAUGUCUGUGCCAAUGCUGUAUAUUACCUCAUCGGAUGACCCCAUCUAGACGUUACGAGGUUUGGGUCAGAUAGUUAUGUCGUUCACACCCAGAAGCUCUUAUUAUAGAAGCCCUUUCACUACUGGAAGCAAUACCCUGGUCUCCAAAUUGUCCAUUUGAAUGUAAUUGUGUACACAACUUUAGGAGACUCCAAAUGUAUCUACAUUUUUUUUGUGUGCUGUAAAACACAAUUGUUAUUCAGAGGUAGAGGUCUGUAAGGCCGGGUCAUUGUGGUACACUUCAGGAGGCUAAUAAAUCCAUAAGGGACUGAUAUAUAUAUAUAUAUAUAUAUAUAUACAUAUAGCUUUUCUGCAAUGAAAGAGUCUAUACAUGCAUAUUGUGCAAAAUUAAGUAUACCUCGACUUUGCUCUUCUUUUCGGUUUUACUACCAUUGUAAUGCCCCUCCUCAUCCUGGCAAGUGACACAUCAUUGCAGCGCUAAAGGGUCUAUUGGUCAAAUGCAAGAUCUGCAUGGACAGUAGCAACACUGACACCUACAGGAUGUAAGCGGCAUUACCCUCCAAAGAAACUUUAUACAGGAUUGUGCAUAAGUUUUUUUUUUUUCUUUUUAAAUGAUGCCUUAAUCACUGAUGGUUUUUAUUGUUUUAAAGUCGCACAGCUCUUAUCUUGUCUGAAUAUAUAUUUUUAUUCCAUUUGGUAGUGGUCUCGCAGUCUGUAAAUUCCAUGUCAAAACAUAUUUUAGACUAGAUGCAAGUCUUUUCACUAUGGGUAAUUGAUACAUCCUAGACCUUGUAUACCAAAGCUAAUAUUAAUGUAAUAAGUUAAAAAGGAAAAACAAGUGAUUUGAAUCUUCAAGGCUAAAUGAUAUUUAUGUAUAAUUGUAUGAUCAGCGUUCUCAUAUAUUACUCUUAGCUGUAGUAAAUGGCUCCGUCCUAUUAGAGAAUGCGUUUAAGCUCAUUGCUCUUUUAUUUGACACAUGACCGUGUUUCAGAUAAAUGGUAAAUGACUUAUUUUCCCAGUAGGGACCACGUCAUACGUCAGUUUGUUGCAUUUCUGUGUAAUGUGCUCUGUUCACCAUAAAGCGAUACAGAUUUCAGGUGUUACAUGUAGACAUGGAAAGCGUUCAGCAGUUUCUGUACGAGGCCUGUGACAAUCUGUUCUAGGCUGUAGCACUUUGCUGGUCGCCGCGUCCUGUUGUAGUGUUUGCUCAGCCUUGCUUUGUGUAUGGGGCCAGCAGUCUUACCUCCCUCAUUAUGCAUACAAUAGUAGACAUGGCUCCUGUGAGUAUCACAUGUUUGCAGAAGGCCUGCCCGUUGUGCCUAUAAAAUCAAUAGCACAAUCGUUGGGAACAAUGAGUAGUAGGGUGCAUGGCACCAGGUGGGGCUGCAGCUGUCAUGUGUAGUGUGGUGCAUUCUAGCACCUCUCAGUAACUUCACAUUCUAAAAUGCAGACAGCUCCGCCGGGCGGCUUAGUCGCAGGCUGUGUUUCCGCAGACAUAAUGGCGCGGCCUGCGUCUCACUUUUUAUUAGCAACAUGACUGUUCAAAUCUACUAGAAGAAGUAUCUAACUAAUACUGGGGUUUUAUAUCUAAUUACACAUCUAUUAAGCCCCCCCCCCAUAACAUCUGCAUCUGCAUCUGCACUCGACAGUUCGCAAGUAAUUUUUUGUUUUUAAUUGCAGCAUUUCUUUCAUUUGUCGCUGCCAAAACCGCGUCGCUGUUCAAGAAUCUACAAAUGAAGCUGUUAAAUAUAGUUCACGUGUCUGAACUGAGGCGCGAGGUAGGAUAAAUAGUCCUCCGUAGCUUCUAGCAUAAUAAAGAGUGUGGAACGCGGAAGGAAAAGGCCGUUUCGCUCUUGCUGUCACGCUGACUCUUCAGUCCUCUCCUGUUUGACACUGGCAAACAUACUGUGGUCCGCGCCCAUUGUGCAAGGAAUUUGCAGGGUUUUUUCGUUUUGUUUGUCGGAGGCACGCCUGUAAUGGGUGGAGGGGGUGCAGUGAUUUGUUUAAAAAAUAAAAAUAUCAUUAUAAAAACAUAGAAUUUAACGGCAGAUAAGAACCACUUGGCCCAGCUCGCCUGCCCUUUAAACAUGGGCUGACUUCCUGGCCUCUGAGCCAACCACGAUAUCUAAGUUACUAUUGCACAUGUUUUACUAGGGUACCUAUUGCCUAGGCCUAAGCGGGACUCGCUAGGAACCCUGCAGGGACUGUCUGGGCCCAUUACACCUGUCAUACAGUGCAGGCCCCCAUUGUGUCUUUGGGUUGACCAAUAAGAGUGCACCUCAUCAGUUCCCCCGGGACCUGGUGCCGGAUACUGGUCCUGAUAAACCUCCAUGUUGCAUCUGGUUAGUGAAAUCCAGGCUGCACGUGUUAGGGCUGGCCAUUGACCAUUGAUGAUUCACAAUCAUCGAUGGUCUAUGGCCGAUGUAGAAUACUUUUUCCAUCGAUGCAGGAGAACCAAAUGGUUUCCGGUCAUCGAUGAUACACAGCCACCAAGUGUUUAAUUUUUUUAUUCCCCAAGGUGUCGGGACACGGAGCCUAGCUCCACGCCAAAAUUCCCAUGAAGCUCCGCCCCCAGGCUCUGAUUGGCUUGAAGCUUAAUGAAUAGUAAAUCAGGGGUGAAGUACAGUACAGCGCCCGACCUAUUGCAGCAAUAUAUGUGUAUAUGUGAGAGGACAGUACUCGUAGGCUAAUAUACACGUUUUUAGAUCACUGACAUGUAACUAACCAAAAAGUGCGGUUGCCCCAGUUGGGUAACACGUAAGCGUACAGUAGCUCUGUGUGCACAAUAACCGCACAACGUGGGGACUACAAAGGAUCAGCCGCACUUUGCCGCAGUGCACCGAUACAGGGAUCCAGCUGCAGCUCAGCGGUUACAUCUUGGCUCUUGCAUCUCAUACUGAUCAUUAUUUAACCAAAGAUAAUGGUGACAAAGGGUGUUACUGGGAAACAGAAGUGUAAAAGACUAUCACGCCACCUGCAAUAUAAAAUCUAAUUCGUAGCAAAGAAUUUUACUAAGCGGCUACUUAUAAAGAAGCUUUCAGUUAAUAGCUGUAAUAAUGUCGUCACCUAUACACCUAAAGGGAUUGUCCAUCAUUAAAUGUCACCCCAGUAAGCGGUUAAUUCUCUGCGGCCUGACAAUCAGGAGGUCUUGGAAUACAGUGAGCAGUGCAAGCGUACGGACUGUGGGGUAUUGGGCGUGGGAUCCCAUGCUUUUGCUAGGGGGCUGUUUUUAUUAAAGAAAGAUUUGCGUUGAUGCCCUGUACUAUGGCCCUCAUUCCGAGUUGUUCGCUCGCAAGGCGAUUUUAGCAGUAUUGCACACGCUAAGCCGCCGCCUACUGGGAGUGAAUCUUAGCUUCUUAAAAUUGCGAACGAAAGAUUCGCAAUAUUGCGAUUACACAUCUCGUAGCAGUUUCAGAGUAGCUUCAGACUUACUCGGCAUCUGCGAUCAGUUCAGUGCUUAUCUUCCUGGUUUGACGUCACAAACACAUCCAGCGUUCGCCCAGACACUCCUCCGUUUCUCCAGCCACUCCCGCGUUUUUUCCGGAAACGGUAGCGUUUUUUCCCACACGCCCAUAAAACGGCCUGUUUCCGCCCAGUAACACCCAUUUCCUGUCAAUCACACUACGAUCGCCUGAGCGAAGAAAAAGCGGUGAGUAAAAAUCCAAACUUCAUAGCAAAUUUACUUGGCGCAGUCGCAGUGCGGACAUUGCGCAUGCGCACUAAGCGGAAAAACGCUGCGAUGCGAAGAAAUUUUCCGAGCGAACGACUCGGAAUGACCUCCUAUACCUCAUACUGCAGCCAGAGCCCCGUUAUCAUGUACAGUCUGUGUGUUGUCGGAUGAAUGGAUUUCAUGUCUUUUGCAUUUUUGUCUUACGGUUAUUUUACCUCUCAAACUUAAGAUCUUUAAUGUCCCCUAAAAAUGUAGAGAGAUAAAGUACCAGCCAAUCAGCUCCAGACUGUGUUUGAAAAAUGACAGGAGCUGAUUGGCUGGUACGUUAUCUCUUAGUACAUCUGCCCCAUAUAUGGCCUCGAGCCUUUGACAUGUAGUCACAUAUACAGAUUUCCUCGCAUGUGUCAUGUAGACUCAGAUGAUAUACUUUGUAUGACCGGCAACUGUCUUACAUGGAGUUUUAAAUAUUGUAGCAUAUUUUCACAUUGAAAUAAAACUACAAUGCCCAACUGCGUAUCAAGAUAUAAUAUCUGGCGCCGGUAUAUUACUGGCAAGAUCAGGAUUAUGUUGUUCAGACUCUCGCCAAAGCAAGCGUAGUCACACCCGGGCACUUACCAUGUAACAGCCGUUCCGGCAGCGCGCCGGCCUCCUCUGCAGUAAAGGGAAUAGAUCGCCCGGAAGUAUUGCGCCAUUUGUGUCCGUCCUCGUUUCAUUUAUAGAAACCCUGUGUAUUAUAUUUUGUGUAAAGUUUAAAAUUCUAUUCAAAGAAAAUUGUAUUAAAGAUGAGUUAUUUAUGAUGAGAGGCAAAGAAUUGUCUAUUUUUUUUUUCCAACUUGUUCCUAAUAAUUGUAGAAAAAAAUAA